AUUAACAACACGUCAGCCUGUUCAAUCGUCGCGAACGCGAUAUCUCUGCAUCAUUGGGCGCAUCGGCGAAUGGGGGUUGCAACUAGUCGGUUUGUGUACUGAGCAUUCAACUUUCACCUCCAGCACGAAAGCUUAGCAUCGCGUACAUCCACUCUACGCAUCGACCUAGCGCUCUAUCACCAGCACCACAGGCGCCCUCACUAUUGGAAACUCAAGAGAUUGACCCUACUGUCACAGGUUUCAUUGACCGCACGAAGGCAAUCGAGCGGCUCACUCACCCUCCGUCCUGUUGGUCGCAGGAGCUUUACACAUUCGUUGAGGUCUUCGUGGAUCUGUCGUCAAAUAGUGCAGCUAGAUAGAACUCCACAGACCGAGCCUCCGUGAGCCACUUAAGUGCUCGAGGCUCGGUCUCUGUACAUACAGCGAGAACACACUCUGCGACAGGCCACAGGCGCCGCACGGGCUCCGUCAACAUGGCGGAGAUUGUGCAGCAGAUCAUUGCCAUCCUUGACAUCGACGACUCAAUUCACUGGUUCUGUCCACGGUCUUUUGAAGACCAGUCAGGGUUGUAUUACGACGAAGAUCGACUUACCGUGCACCUUGAAGAGAGGACGAAAGAAAAGCCUGAACGGCUCGCCAAGAUCGAAGAGGCCGAUAAGCGACGUAACGAGGCACUGAAUGCAUGCACGAUCUUCGCUUUCGAUGGCGCGGAUGCAGAGUCCUGGCAGAGGAAGUUAAACGCUGCGCUCACUACACAGCUUCAGCGUUGCGACAUCUGCAUUCGAGAGUUUCAUCGCUCGCGGUCACAGUUGAAAGCCUCACUGGAAGCGGACUAUGAGACCGAGACCGUGCAGGGGUUUAUGCAGAAGUUCGACAGCAUGAACAUCAUGCGCAUCGGCAAAGGCCUGAAUGUUAUGACAGAGACACUGCUAGAUCUGCCACCCGAGGAGCGUACCAUUGGCAAAGCCGGCGAAGUGGGAAUGUAUGCCUUGUUCGAAGCACUCAACUGUGGACCCUUCCUGUGCGACGAAGGAGCAUUACGCCAGUACUUUGACCGACCAUUUGGACUGGUACAAUCCAGGAAGAAGCUUAAAUUGAGCAGCUACGCACCGGGUGUGGUCGCCUUCCUCUUCUCGAAUGUGGAAGGCCGGUCAAGCUGGGCAUAUCGGAACUUUACGUCACUCAAGCGACCUUUCACUUCCACCGAAUUCGAACAUAGCGUCAAGCCCUUCCUGGAGGGAUCUGCAUCUCACGUCACGAUGGGUUCACUUGAAGUGGACUUCCUGCCCACCUUCUGGAAGGCAGUCCGCCUCAUCGUCAGCCAGCUCACGACGGAUGUCGUCACGCACCAUUUCCGGUCGAUACAGCCCAACCUCUAUACUCUUUCGAUGGAUCAAUGGCAGCUUGAUGCCAACCACUUCUGCGACAUGAUUGCUUGCUACCAGAUGUUACUCGAAAAAAGCCCGCAGGACUUCUGGGAGGCAAUGGGCGCCAUUAGUGGGCAGUCAGUUGUCGAACAGAUAUUCAAGAGCCCUGUACUGCAACACAUGAUCCAGGCUAGUGACAAGGGACAGACCGUGAAGCUUGAAGACCAGUUUGCCUGGGUUUUACCGUUCGUGCGCUCCAUCAAACCCGCCAACCUUGUCAUGCCAGCACGAGCGCUAUUCGAUCAGCUGCUACAUAUCUGUCAAAGAGAUGCGUACUCCAAGUACGCUCAAUCAGUCACGUGGCAAGUUGGGCUCCGUGCUAUGCUAGAGGCUGUGAACAUGGUGCGGCAGUUAGGCGGCGGUCCGGUUGUCGUGCAGCUGAUCGAAGUCAUUUCAACUGACCAUCUGAACAUCCUGGAGGAGAUGGAAGGCAUUGAAAAGAAGCACGGAGACGCAGCGCUUGACGAGACCGAAGACCUCUGCUUGAAGAUAGUGGAGGCUACUCUCGCCGCGGACGUCCAGUGUCUGGCUUACAGUCGCUCUGUGCUAUUAAAGGCGAAGAGUGUUAGUGAUCGGACAGUAAUGUCGGGACUAGGUCUUUGGAAGGCGGCCACUCGUCUGGUGGAGCCUGGAGAGCCAUGGCUUGCUGCUUCUAUCCUGUCGGCUCUCACGGGCUUGCUGCCGCAGGAGAAGUUCACCCCAAGGCAAGUGCAAGCUGCGCCUGCAAACGCUGGAGCCUGGAACAAGGCACAUGAGGCGUUGCUGAGGUGCAUUCAGACGGCACUACUGGACCGCAUAGAGGCUUUUACACCAGAUCAGCUGAUUGGGUUGUACCAAGAGCCAAAGGCCGCGCGUGGCCUAAUGUCUCUGCUCUUCAGUGGCGAAACGGAGAUCAGCCAGGCCACCCUAAGCGUGUUCAAGACAUUGUCGGGCGAAGACAAUCGACGGGAUACCGUCAUGCAUUUGGUGAAGGUUUUCUUCAGCACAACGUUGGAGUCAGUGGCAAAUGCGCAGAGUGCUAUUGCCAAGGCGGGCGUCUUCGCCCCUGCACCCAUCUUUCUCAAGCUCACGCGCGACGUACUCAGCUGCUUGUGCGACACGCAGGAUGGCGUGCUGAGAACAGAGAAGAAUAGGAGCGACCAUUUCAACGAAGUGGAACUGUUUUGGGAGAUGACGUGGACCGCGCUUGAGACCAUCUUCAGGCAAACGGAGCCUUGGAGCAGUCUUGGCUACGACAAGCAGAUGAUGCAAGACUUUUGUCGAGACACGAUGGAUCUUGCGGACACAUCAUUCAACCAGUACCCCAUACUUGCAAGCACACUACGCUCAGCACCGGGCCCGAGAGGCUCGCGGGAGAUUGGCAAGGAUCUUCUAAAAUUCCCGACCAAGACGUUCAACAACAUUACCAAGUGGCUCCGCCUCCGGGAUGAGUACCUUAUCGCCCGCGCCGUGGGAUUGACAUGCAAGAUGCUGGCAGAGCUCGAGAAAGUUGGCAUCGAGAUCGAUCAGAAGGCCGCAGAGUACAUCGAGCAAGUGUAUAUAAGCAACGAGCAGAACAACAAGGUCCGAACUAAGCUCACUCCCAACCAGAAAGCCGAACUUCAACAGGCCUUGGAAAAGCAUCUACACGCAGCCGUAUCGGAAGAGGUCAAUAUUGUGCCGAAGCGGCGAACGCUCAACGACUGGGCUACGUCUGGAUCCGACUCUGGCCGAAGCACACCCAUCCCUAGCGCCAAACUGAAGGCUGGUACGAUCGACCUAGAGGCCUGGACCAGCGCUUCACGAGGUACAGAGGCAUUGAGGCGCAUGCAGGAGAAGAAAGGCUCGGCCCCGCCUUCUCAGAAGCCUGCGCCGAAGCGUCAGGUCAACAGUAAGGAGUUUCUGCUCAAGCGAAAACAAGAGAUGGCGGCGGCCGAAAGGAGAAGAGCAGAAGCCUUGGCGAAGCAGAAGUUGGGCGCCGGGAGCGGUGUCGCAGGGCUAGGAGACAUGGGCAAAGAUCAUUCAAUGAAGGGCCAGAACGUCAUGAUCUCGUCUGACGAAGAAGAGAGCGAGGAGGACGACAUGGACGACGAUCUUUUCGGGACAAAGAAUAAGAUGAAGAUUCAGCGACCGAACGUAGACCCGGAUGGUGCGGUCGGUCUGAAGCCUGAAGUCAAGAAGGGUCCUACGCGGAUUCAGCGAACCAUCCGGUCAGUGAAAGAUAUGCGUGCGCGACUGGCACCAGAUCUGCAGCCUCUACAUAAAGUCAUCCUGAAGUGGGACUUCUUCCACGAUGGAGACUAUCCGCCAGGCGCAAACACAAACGUCUUCGAGCGGGUCAAGAACUCUUACAGCAACCCUGUCAGCUACAGGGAGGCAUUCGAGCCGCUUCUGACGCUAGAAGCAUGGCAGAACAUGGUCAAAUCCCGCGAGGAGAACACUGCCAAGCCGUAUGAGGUGAAGAUCCAGAACCGCAGCAAUGUUGAUCAUUUCCUCGAGCUUAGCAGCAUUGUCAGCCAACAAGAGAACAGAGAGCUGCAACUGAACGAAGGUGACAUCGUCCUCUUGUCCAAAGCUGGCAAGCCUAGCGACGAUGCGACUUCGCCACACUGCUUAGCGCGCAUUUGCAAGAUUAAGCGGCAGAAGGCGCAGAUGGAAGUGGUCUAUCAAGUCAUGCCUGGCACGUCUCUCGCACCGAGCCUCGUAUCACAGGCGCAAGUGUACGGUCAGAAGAUCCAGUCACUGACACCACUCGAGCGCGAAUAUGGCGCUAUGCAGGGAUUGCAGUAUUACGAUCUCUGCACACAGAUCAUCAAAGCUGCACCUUCGAAGCGGAUGAACUUCAGCGAGAAGCAGAUUGCCGCCUAUCAAGACGUGUGGAAUGUCAACCGUGCGCAAAGCGAAGCUGUCAACGCUGCGCUGGAGAACGAAGGCUUUUCGCUCAUCCAAGGUCCGCCAGGCUCAGGCAAGACCAAGACGAUCAUUGCGAUCGUGGGCGGUUUACUAUCACAAAGCUUGGGUUCUGCCACGAGCGGUGCAAAGCCGAUUACUAUGCCGAGAAUGAACGGCGCCCAUAUUGGUGCGGGCGGCUCAGACGCGGCAACGAAGAAGCUGCUUGUUUGUGCACCGUCCAAUGCAGCAGUGGACGAGCUGGUCAUGCGGCUCAAGGAGGGCGUAACAACGAAGGGUGGCAGGCAUCAUUCAGUCAAUGUUGUACGCAUUGGCCGCAGCGAUGCGAUCAACUCACAAGUCAUCGACGUGACCAUGGACGAGCUCGUCACCAAACGCUUAGGUGGCAACAGUGCAAACAAUGAAGCAACACGAGCAAAGAAUGCCGACCUGUUCAAAGAGCACGAAAGCGUCUCCGCUGCUCUACGCGACCUCUACCAGAAGCGGGAUAGCGGUGCAGCUCAAAGCCAAGAUUCGACAGUCCUUGAGAACGAGAUCGCAUCCGUGCGCAGGCGCAAGAACGAGCUCGGUGUGCGCAUCGACAACGUCAAGGACCAGGAGCGCAACGCCGGCCGCGAGGCCGAGCUCAGUCGCAAGCGAGCACAGCAAGCGGUCCUUGACGAAGCGCAUGUCAUCUGCGCAACUUUAAGCGGCAGUGGUCAUGACAUGUUCCAGAGCCUGAACAUUGAGUUUGAGACCGUUAUCAUUGACGAAGCCGCACAGUGCGUCGAGAUGAGCUCGCUAAUUCCACUCAAGUAUGGUUGCAUCAAGUGCAUCAUGGUCGGAGACCCCAAGCAAUUACCACCUACAGUAUUCUCGAAAGAAGCUGCAAAGUUCCAGUAUGAGCAGAGCUUGUUCGUACGCAUGCAAAACAACCAUCCUGAGCAGGUGCACUUACUCGACACGCAAUACCGCAUGCACCCAGACAUCAGCGUCUUCCCGAGCCGCACAUUUUAUGAUGGCCUGCUCAAGGAUGGCACGGGCAUGGCAAGCUUGAGGCAGAGACCGUGGCAUGCGAGCGCUGUAUUAGCGCCGUACAGAUUCUUCGAUGUCCACGGCCAGCACCAGUCCGCACCGAAAGGCCAUUCGCUCGUGAAUAUUGCCGAGGUUGAAAUUGCCAUGGCACUAUAUGAGCGACUGAUCAGCGACUUCAAAGGCUACGAGUAUAACGGUCGCAUCGGUAUCAUCACCCCGUACAAGUCACAGCUUCGGAUGCUGAGAGAUCGCUUCUCCCAGCGCUUCGGAAACACUAUUUCCGACGUGGUCGAAUUUAACACCACAGACGCCUUUCAAGGCCGCGAGAGCGAGAUCAUUAUCUUCUCUUGCGUCCGUGCGUCACCGGCUGGCGGCAUUGGUUUCCUACAAGAUAUUCGACGUAUGAAUGUUGGGCUUACACGAGCAAAAUCAAGCUUAUGGGUACUUGGUAACUCAGACUCUCUCAGCAGGGGCCAAUACUGGCGGAAGCUGGUGGAGGAUGCACGAGCUCGCGACGCAUAUAUCACAGGUGAUUUGAUAGGCAUGUUGAGG